GGGCUCUCCACGAGACAUCAGCCUAAUCUUCUUCAAGUGCACCCGAUGGCAACUGGAAGAAACCAUGGAAAAACUCAGUUGUCCUUAUCACUACUUCUGCGACAGCAUCUAUGCCGGGGACUACCCCGCCGCAGUCGAUUUCCUCGUCCUCGCCUUCACCGUCGCCGCCUACAGACGAGGCGCUGGUGGUCGGCGGCAGGUUGUUGUCUUACAGGGGAUGGUCGAGGACAACGUUUGUUGUGGUGUGUGCUUUGGGGGCGAGAAUUGUUUGUCGGCUGUCGGGAGAGAAGGCAACCACAAAAUUUGGUGGGGUUUUGAGGUUGUUGUUGGAAGGCUUGGGAUGGGUGCUUAUAACGUUGGACUCUGUUUAUUUGAGUAGGAACUCUUUGUUGGAAGGGGCUGUGUAUGGUGGAAUAUUUGCUCUGGUGUUUGUUCAUGUGAUUAAAUUGGUGCUGAGGAGAUGGCGGAGGGUGUGUGGUGGGAAUGAGGAAUUGGAGAAAGUGUAAAAGUGGUGUUUUUUGUUUUUGUUGUAUUUUUUGGCGACUGGCCAACUUGAUUUGUAUGUACAUAGAGACUGUUUGAGUUAGUAACUCAUCAGAUUAGAUCAAAGGUUUUUUCUUUUUCUU